AUGCCUGACAAAGAGCGCGAACCCAAGAGCUUUGCGCCAAAGGUGCCAGUCCAGCUGAAUCCGCCGAAGGACGACCCAAUCACCGUAGAGGAGCUGUCAAAAUGCGACGGCACGGAUCCGAGUCGUCCUACCCUAGUUGCUAUCAAGGGCAUUGUAUUCGAUGUGAGCAAGAAUCCCGCCUACGGACCUAGCGGGCAGUACCACGUGUUUGCUGGAAAGGACCCUUCCCGUGCGCUCGCCUCGUCUUCUUUGAAGGCCGAGGAUUGCAGGUCUGACUGGUAUGAUUUGGAGGAGAAGGAGAAAACGGUGCUGAGCGAAUGGUAUACCUUUUUCAGCAAGCGGUACAAUAUCGUUGGGAAGGUCCAGGGCGCGACUAAUUGUUGA